GAAAAGAAAAUGAGUCGCGAUGGUGUGUUCGCUGAUGAAUAUAAACGUAUCAUAGAGUCCUAUAUAGCUAAGGGUUAUGCGCGUAAGCUGUCACCAGCAGAUGCUGCCUUGUCGUCGUCGACAACCUGGUACUUGCCACACUUCGCCGUUGCCAACCCUAAUAAGCCGGGCAAGUUGCGAUUGGUUUUUGACGCAGCUGCUGAGGUGGGGGGGUAUUUCACUCAAUACGCAUCUACUAAAGGGACCACAGGACUACAAGUCGUUGCCGUCCAUUCUCUUCCACUUCCGCGAAGGUGCAGUUGCGGUAUGUGCGGACGUGAGAGAAAUGUUCCACCAAAUAUUGGUGCGGCGGCAAGAUAGAUGCGCUCAACGAUUCCUGUGGCGAGGAGGUGAUGCUACGAGGAAGCCAGAAGUCUUCGAAAUGUGCGUAAUGACAUUUGGUGCUGCAUGUUCGCCAUGUGCUGCCCACUACGUCAAAACCGUCAACGCGUUAGAACACCGGAAUGGAAACAGCGUCGUAGACCGUGCAGUAAAAUCCAUAUUAGACCAUCACUAUGUGGACGACAUGGUUGAUAGCUUCGGUACAGUACAAGAAGCUAUCGCCGUUUCGCAGGUAGUGCGCGCUAUACACAUGAACGCCGGAUUCGAGCUUCGAAAUUUUACGUCAAACUCACAGAAGGUAAUAAAAGAGCUGGAUGGUGACGAGGGUAAGCGACCUAUCUCGAAGAAGGAGGGCUUGUUGGUGGAAAAAGUCCUCGGACUAUUUUGGCAGCCCUCAACCGAUUGCUUUGGGUUCAAGCUAAAAUUUCAUAACGUGGACGCAGCGGUUGUAUAUGGGUCGAGGCCUCCUACCAAGAGAGAGCUGCUCAGCAUCGUGAUGUCCAUUUUUGACCCUUUAGGGUUUUUAAGUAACUUUGUAAUCGGAGCCAAAUUGAUUAUGCGCGAGGUGUGGAGGCACGACAUUCGUUGGGAUGAGCCGUUGCCGACUAGCAUCAACGAAGCAUGGGAGAAGUGGCGAAAUCAGCUGGUUACUGUUGUAGAGUAUACUAUUCCGCAGUUCUAUUUUCGCAUGGGUAUGCCGAAAACCCUACAGCUUCACGUGUUUGUCGACGCAAGUGAGGUAGCCUUCGCCGCCGUCGCCUAUUGGAGGUCGAAACGUUCCAGUGACGAGAUCGAAGUGGCGUUCAUUUCCGCGAAGUCACAGUGCGCUCCAAUAAAGUCAUUAACUGUGCCUCGUCUUGAACUCCAAGCGGCCGUGCUCGGGACUCGCCUAAUGUGCUGUAUACGAGAGGAGCAUUCUCUAGACGUCAACCAGUGUACUUUGUGGAGCGAUUCCAAGACAGUGGUCAGGUGGAUUAGGAGCGAACAUCGUCGCUACAAACCGUACGUUCAGCACAGGAUAGCGGAAAUAUUGGCCGCUACCAACUCAUCAAACUGGAAGUGGUUACCAACUGAACUCAAUGUCGCCGACGAAGCUACACGCGCGAACAAUCGCCUUGAUUUCCGAGCAACAGCCCGCUGGUCAUGUGGUCCGGCAUUUCUGCAUCGGCCGCAGCAGUAUUGGCCUAACGACAACACCGUGGUACCCAGCGAAGACGAGCAUGAUGAAGAACUACGCCCUAAAUACGCUCUGGUAAUCGUUAACUAUAAUAUAAUUGAUUUUAAACGUUUUUCUUCCUUGACAAAACUGGUGAGAGUUGCAGCCUGGGUAUUGCGCUUUAUGGACACUUGCCGUCUCCGUGUUCAGGCAGACAAUCGAUAUGGGUUGACUGCGCGAGAAGUCGAACUUGCCAAGAAGCUAUUGUGCCGCCUUGUUCAACGAGAGGUAUUCGCUGCAGAAUUUCAGCAGAUACAGAACGGCCAAAAUAUCGCACGUAACAGCGCGCUGCUACAGCUCUCGCCAUAUAUAGACAAAGAUGGUGUGCUCCGCGUGAAUGGUCGCAUCGACGCCGCCAGCUGGCUGCCCAUAAGCUCUAGACACCCCAUCAUAUUGCCGCCAAAGCACUACUUCGCGAGACUGGUUGUGAUGCACUACCAUAAAGUUAUGCGGCACCAGAACACUGAGGCUACAAUAUGCGAGAUACGACGCCACUAUUGGAUCCCACAACUACGAACUUUGCUACGCAGCGUAAUCACGCACUGUUUGGAGUGCCGCUUAAGAAAAGUACAGCCUGAACCGCCUCAAAUGGCGCCGCUACCAAUUGACAGGC